AUUGACCAAUCAGGGUAAAAAGAGUAAAGAUUUCUUUAACCUAAUUGGUCAAUCGAAGCAUAUUCAGCGUCUCUGACCGCAGCCUAGAAGUAGUAUGUCAUGACGUCAUCAUAUUUAUGUAUACAUUUUCGAUUCUUUACUGCUAUCAGCUGAUUCGUGAUACGAUAUUAGCUGAUUCAUGAUACGAUAUCAGCUGAUUCGUGAUACGAUAUCAGCUGAUUUGUUCGCGCCAAAGGAAUGAAAAAGCGGGUUUUCAGCUUUCACUUCUAGGGUGCAAUCAUUUCUAGUCCAUAAUUCACAACAUGUCGCAGCUACCGAUAACGGCGUAUUUUAAUACGUGCAAACGACAGAUGUAUGACAAAUUACACGGUAAGUCUAAGCUUUUGCUACUGGAGCGAGAUCACUCGAACAGCCCAGCGUUGACACAUGCCGACUCGGAGCAAAUCGCACCUGAUGAGAAGGGUGAGAGAACGAGGCUGUUGAUCGUGUUAAAAGAUGCCCCCGUGAAAAGCACUCGUGUCAAUAAAGCGGUUCGAAAUAUACAAUUUAUUUGAUUCUUCGACAGCAAACCUCGAGAAAACUUCAAACAGGCUCGGAACGCGAGCUAUGCGAUCACAUGCAUUAUCCGCUACCGAUGGAUGGCAGCCGAAUAUCAGAGAUAGUUUGCUGAAGACGAGCAGAGACUCAGAGACCAAGAAAGUGCCCUUUGCAAAAAAAUGGAUAUAUUUAGCCCAGAAGAAAAGUUAAACUCCCACAAAGUCUUCCAUUGUUCCAAAGGAUGAUUGAGGAGAAGAAUGAUAAGGAGGAACAAUUGUCCACUUAUUCCAUUAUCAUCAGUCCUGAUGAUGGAGAGACUUGCAAAUCACGAACAAUUGUUAGAGCUACUACAGAAACAAGACGCUAUUAAGGAACCUCAAAUACAGAAAUUUGAAAAGAUGGAACUUAAAUUUCUACUAGUCUACAGAAGGAAAACAAGUCUUCCAUUAAGGCUUUGCAAACUCCAAUCAAAGAUCUUUCGAAAACAGCCGGUCCUCAAAGAAGAAUUUUCUUUAAACCUACAAAAAUAACAUCAAGUCCAGUAAAAAGUAGUCCUAUGGUACAUCAAAAGUAUCUGUCAUUAGAUCAAAGUGAAAGACUUGCAUUGGUGUUACCUUAUAACUAUAGAUUCUUGGCUGAAGUAUUCAGAUGUAUAGAGAUGGUAAUACUUUAUAUACAUUUCACAUCUUAUAACUAGUUUAACAGAAUGAUAACUUUUAAUAAAUUGAAAUCUGCAGUUCUAGAACAGAUGCGACGAAAUUUCAUUCUGGAACAUCUGGCCCAAAUAAAAACUAUUUAUCCUGAUGCAUAUACUUAUCAUCAAGAGAAACUUCAAAAGCGAAAUUUUGUUUCUAAACAGAAGAGAUAUGAAUUAGUUCUGACACCAGUAAUUGAAAAAAAUAAUGGAAAAAGUACUCCUGAUGCAGAUGAUAUAUUGAAGAUUGCCUCUGAAGUAGCAUUCAGUCCUAUGAUAUUGCUGGAGAGAAGAAGGAAAUUUUAUAAUACCCUAUUAGUUAAGAGAGUGAAAAAUGAACAUAAGAAAUUUUUAUCAAGCUUGGAAAGUCCAAAAUUAAUGAAUAUACCGAAUGAAAAAAUACGCAGGCAUCCCGAGUUCGAUGUAGAGUCUUGCAAGGAAAUUGAACAAGCCAAAUUACCUCAACCACCUGUUGUCGAAAAGCCAACUGCUAAAUAUGUUCUUGAUAAAGCUAAAUCUUUGUUCAAUUGUGGUACGCGUAUGGAGAAAGCAUUACAAAGAUUGGCUGAAUCAAACUUAACUGCAAGAUCCAAAUCUUCAUCUUCUAUGCAAGAGUCUACAACACAAACCAGAGAAGAUGGUAUUCCAAAGAUUAAUGUUACCAUUAUGGAUAAUUCAUUUAUGCCAUCCACACAAAUCAAACAUCUGAAUACAAAAUUAUUUAAAGGCAUUUCCAAAACUCUACUCGAAAAGACUCCCGAAUUAGCGAAGUUUCUUCGCAAUAUUUUCGUGGCAGAAAAAAAGGAGUCAGCAGCAGUGAUACAAAAAUGA